CAUACAGUUCCAUCAUUCCAUGAAAGUGAAUGUAACAAAAGACAAAGCGGCGAGGAACGAUGAUUGAUGAGAACGAGAGGAUACCUUGAAAUUCACCACUUCCAAUUCCAAUAAACCACAAACACAAACCAAAACCCUAAGCAAUUCAUCAUCCACCACUUUCAAUUUUCGAUUUUCAAUGCAAUGGAAGUUUCAAUCCAUCGUCGUCUUAUCUGUCACAAUGGAGCCAGAUUCUUCGCACGACCCUCUUCCACCCUCUUGUGUGCUCAAAGAGGAACAGUAACUUAUAAACACCCAAUUUUGGGGACUUCACAUAAGGCUUCUCUAUGUAGCUUGCAAGGAAUCUCCAGGAAGCACGAAAAUGUGUCGUGGGUAUCUGUUAGUCCUAAAUUGUGGGUUCGGAGUAAAUUCCCCAGAGAUGUAGUUGUAAGAUCUGAACUUACUGCAGCUGGAUCUGCUGGGGAUGGCUAUUCACUACCCGAGCUGAAAGUGGUUUCUAAAGCCAGGGGAGCUUGUUUUUAUGUUGUCACUGCCUUUGCUGCCGUAUUUCUUUUCAUGCUGAUGAUGGUUGGACAUCCAUUGGUGCUCCUGUUUGAUCGCUACCGAAGGAAGUUCCAUCAUUUUAUUGCCAAAGUAUGGGCUUCGCUGACUGUAGCGCCGUUUUUCAAAAUUGAAUUUGAGGGAUUGGAGAAUCUGCCUCAUCCAGAUACUCCUGCUGUGUAUGUUUCAAAUCAUCAGAGUUUCCUAGACAUAUAUACUCUUCUUACUUUAGGAAGAAGCUUUAAGUUCAUAAGCAAGACUGGGAUAUUUCUCUAUCCAAUAAUUGGGUGGGCGAUGUUUUUUCUGGGUGUCAUCCCUUUGAAACGCAUGGACAGCCGAAGCCAGCUGGACUGUCUUAAACGAUGCAUGGAUCUCAUCAAGAAAGGAGCCUCUGUUUUUUUCUUUCCUGAGGGAACACGCAGUAAAGAUGGAAAACUAGGCACGUUCAAGAAGGGUGCUUUCAGUGUUGCUGCAAAGACAAAUGCACCAGUUGUUCCAAUCACCCUUAUUGGAACUGGUCAAAUCAUGCCUGCGGGAAAGGAGGGUAUAGUAAACGUAGGUUCUGUGAAAGUGGUUAUACAUAAACCUCUUGAUGGAAAGGAUCCUGACUUGUUAUGCAAAGAGGCUAGAAAGACAAUCGCAAGUGUGCUGACUCAAAGCUGAGAAAAAUACUGCAAAAGAGUUCUUUUAAUUUUUAUUGCAUGAGACUCGAAUCCCCCUCUGCCUUGAAAUGAACUCGGAAGUCAUGCUUUGCUUAGGUGGGACUAUCUUGAUUCAUGCUGGAGCACCUGGCGUUUUUGUUUAAGAUAAAAAAGGGUUGGGGGGCUUCGUUAUACUUGUAUACCAGAGGAAUUAUAGGUGUCAGAAGUGGUGAUGCUUCAGUUUGAAGUUGUUUCACACUUUUAUGAGGAGAUUUUACUUGUGAAGUAAUUUACAGCUCGUACAAUUCUGCCUCAGAAUGACGAAACAGUAAUGUUAUCCAAUACUAGUAUAACUUGGUCAAAAGUUACGAGGGAAAACUAAAACAUGAUGACUUUGUUAAUUGUUUUCGGGAUCUUCAAUUUCCAAAGCCAUUUAAAAGAGGAACCUGUCGAGUUCUGCCUAAAGUACUGACUUGAGCUUAGCAUGUUAGCCAUGGAUAAGUUGAAGCUACAAAAUAAACUCCCAUUAGAUGAGGGGCUCCAAAUCCACAUAUCAUGCAUAGUAGGAACGAGAUUGUAAUAACUCCACGAAGUUGGAAGGCGUAAGUUGACAUCAUGAAUGAAGACAAAAGUCACAUGUCAACUAAAGGGGGCUAUCGCCAUUUCAUACGAAACUUAAAGCCAUCAUUCACAAAGUUCCGUUUUAGCUUAGAUGAUGCCAUGCCAUGUGUAAGUAGCGCCUGCAACACAUUUGACACUUGGAAUAGGGGAGUUAGACAACUACUUAACAUGGAUCCAUAAUAUCAAUGUCAAGCGUGAAUUACACAUCCCAACCACCUUCAUGUUUUGGAGAUGAGAGGCUUUCACAAUUUUGACCAGACUGAAACCCGUUUUCCCCCGAAGACCAUAAAAAGAUUAAUACUCUUAUUAGUCUCUUAUAAUAUUUUUUUUGUUUCAAUUUAGUCUCACUUUAAUUUUUAGUUUCAAAUCAUCCUAUCAAUGUCAUUAUGAUAAAUGAAGUAGCCAAAAAAAAAAAAAAAAA